CCUGGUUAUAUGAUCGGAGAGUUACCUACGAUGGUUUUGCCAACUCGUAUUCAUUCUUUUUGAAUACUAGGAGAAUCACUCUUUCCCCAAUAAUACCAUCCAACAAGCUGCCCGAAACACCGCCCCCAUCUGUACUUGCCAUGUUUGCCUACCGCGAAUCUAAAGAGUUACAAUAUGACCCUUUGCUUGAGCAAAAUCUGCCAUUGAGCCUUUUUGGAGAUCCCCUAUCCGACCCGUUCUUUGGAACGGAAAACUUCGAGGGCAAACCAACACUAACGGCUUUUAAUGCCAACACUUUUUUGCUUAGUUUGCAGGUCAUUCAAAAAGGCACAGGUGUGAGAGAGAACACGUCCUCAAGGUGUUCUAGAUCUAAAGAUAGAUUACCAUUUCCAAACCUCGAAGAUGAGCGUGAAGAAAAGCCGAGUUUGAGGGCAAACUCUUUCGAAGAAGGGGAGGAUGAUAUAUAUCCGGGAGCAUGCCCGAAGACUCUCCGUAGCCCGCCAAGGGAAAGACAGAUCAGGGGAAUAAAGCCCAAGUGUGGUGACAUUAAUUGGGUUGAAACUUCUCCAUUUUCCUGUCUUAGAACCCAACCCAACACCGUGGUUGUCCUACACCCACCCUAGGCUGAGCCCACACUCUGCAUACCUUCCCUAAACAUCCAAAAUAUUUCCUUUUCAAAAUAAAGUUUUCCUACUCCUAUUUUAGGCCCUGGCCGAAAAUAAGAGUGUGUAAACCACAACCUUUGUUUGUUGUUAUUUUCUUUCUUUUAAACCUUUUAAUAAACAAAUAAAACCUUCUAUCCUUUUCUAUAAAUCCCAGGCCAAAUAUCCCUCAUUAUCCCAACACAACAUCAACCAAGAUAUUCCCCAUUCUU